AUGGCAACUGUUCUGGUCCAACAACAAUCAAUUCGACACUCCGUGACUCCUCCACCCGUCUCUCCAGCCCUCAGUCUCAAUGUACGCCCUCGCACGCCCACGUCUAUCCCCAACAAACACAUCCCCGUAUGCCCGCCCGGCUCGGCGCCAUCCGCAAUCUCACCAGUAGAACAAACCGGCGUCUCACUGACCUCGCUCCUCUACCCGCCUGAUCGCUUCAAGAAGCUCACCAAAUCUCCCCCGGUUUACUCCAUCAAUGGCGCCACACUUGUCGCUGCACUGGACCAUUUAGCUACUCAACCCUUGCCGGACCCGAAACAGGUGUUUCCCUGGCUGCAUGGUCUACACCCCUUCAAUGGAGUGCAAUCUGCUUUUUUUGUUAAUCGGAAACGAUCGCUCAGGCGUAUACCGAGAUGUUUCCGUUCUUUGACGCUGGUCAGUCUGGAUGGCGAUCUUACAAAGUCGCGUCUGCGAGGCGCCGUGUCUCUUGACGAGAUUCUCGACACGAGCGGUACGGAGUUCAUUGAUGCCGAUCCUAUAUAUGGGUUCUCUGUUCGCAACUUUCAUAUUCAGACUGCCAAAUUGGCGCCGCUAUCGGAUAUUGUGAUUUAUGCGGAGAAAAGUGCCGACCCGUUCCAAUUGCUUGAUGCUGCGCAGAAGGUGGCAAUUGCACAGCAGAACUGGCGGAUGAAACACGAUCCUGCCCAGGAGACCCCUCUGUUCAAUACAUUCAUACUAUCGGAUGCGUUCGAAGAUUUCGAACAACGCUACCAUGACUUGGUCGCAAUAGAUUCACAAGGACAAAUCACAGGCAAAGUGAUGGAUUUUUUCCAAUGGGAACGCAAUGAAAUGUGCAGCAUGUCCAAGACUUCUGAAAUCUCGAAAAACGUCUGGCUAGGCCCUAGUCCCGAUAUACUCAUGUCUUCAGACGACCAAGACGUAAUGGACACAAAUCAAUUCGACUUGACUAUUGAAGCAAUUGAUCUUGCUCCCAUUCCUGGUCCUCGAUAUUUGGAUGGCGUGAGCAAGAGUCUUGCGAGUGAAGAAUGGGCUGAAGGCAUUUCAAUGCAGUUUCCUUCUUCGGGGAGUAUUGUGCCGCAGCUUGAAGCGAAUCGAGACGUAGAGGAUUUUGUGAAUACAGUCCGAUGGCUAUACUAUCUUGCCAACCCAGAGGACAACGGAUCGGACAUUGAAGAGCUGGAUGACAUUCCAAUGGAGGACUCGGCCAAAUCAUACAAAAUAUUGAUUCAUUGUGCAGAUGGCUAUACGGAAAGCUCACUGCUAGCAAUUGCAUAUUUCAUGUUUGCUGAAGGUCUGCCACUAGACCAAGCAUGGAUCAGACUCCAUCGUGAAAAAGGCCGCAAUUUCUUUGCAUAUCCAUCAGAUGUUGUGUUUCUACGGAGCAUUCAGCAGCAACUUCUCGAACAAAGCCCCGCCGCCGCGAGACUGAAUUUGGAUUCUCUUUGCGAGCCAGCCUGGCUUCGGAAAAUGGACGGUUCAUUGCCCAGUCGCAUACUUCCGUAUAUGUAUCUUGGCAAUCUGGCUCAUGCGAACAAUCCUGAUCUUUUGCGGGAAUUGGGCAUCAAGCGAGUGCUUAGCAUCGGGGAGCCGGUCUCUUGGUCCGAAAAGGAGAUUGAGAGCUGGGGCGAGGACAAUUUGAUGUUUAUCGGUCAGGUUCAGGAUAACGGAAUAGACCCAUUGACGCAGGAGUUUGAGAAUUGUCUUUCAUUUAUCGAAGCAGGCAAAGCCGAUAGAUCAGCUACAUUAGUUCAUUGCCGCGUCGGCGUUUCGAGAUCUGCGACCAUUUGCAUAGCUGAAGUCAUGUCCUCCUUGAAACUAUCCUUUCCUCGUGCAUACUGCUUCGUCCGCGCCAGAAGACUAAACGUCAUCAUCCAACCCCACCUGCGCUUCGUCUACGAACUCCUCAAAUGGGACGAACAUCAGCAACAGAAACGCCGAGAACCGCUCCGCCGAGAAUUGGAAUGGACCAGUGUUGCGCGCGAGAUCGCGUUGAUGAAUAAGCCGUAUUCGCGCCAGCAAUGA